CCAAGUAUCCAUCUGUAAAGCUUUUGCCUCGCAGAGAUCAGGAAUUUUCUAAUAAUAUGUUAUCGGGAUAAAAAUAUUCCCCGGAUCGAAUUAUUAUUUUUUGUCGCGCGAGUGUCCACAAAAUUAAGACAAUUGCGAAUGAUCAGUCGAGCAGCGAGAAAAUAGCGCAACGUCGUGAACGGCGUCGGCAGCCAAAAUGUCGGCAAUUUCUUAACUCUAAGCGUACCCUCUGUCAACAUUUGUGAAUCUCCAUCGAAGUCAACAUCGAAUCAGUCAAUAAUUAAAUCGUCGAUGAUGUACGAUCGAUAUCGGAUUCCUUCGAUACAGUGAUAACACGGAAUCUCUGAAAUUGAGAAGGACAUGUGACUAGGCGGGUAUGAUUUUACAAAGAAGUUAAAAUGUCCAGCGAUAAUGAUCAGAUCCCCAAAUCGGGCAAGCGGAAGAAAUAUGUCAUACCUGAUAGCGAAGAUAGCGAUGAAUCUGUAGUGAACUUACGUAGAAGGAAAAAGACUUUUAGAGUUAUUAGCGAAGGUGAAAGCAGCGACGAAGAUAGUGAUGUUCUGAGACCAAUUGUUCGAAGAAGGAACCCUAGAGUCGAUGAGACCGAAAAUGAGACAAGUUACGAAGGUAGCAGUUCAGAUGAUACUUCAGAAUGGCAGUCAGACUGGAGCAGUUCGUCAGAAUCAGAACAACAAGCUCCCGUUAAGCGAAAGCUACUUGAGAAAUCAAAAUCCAAAAAGCUGCAAAUAAUAGUAUCGGAUACAGAUACAGACACCAGCGAUGACCAAGUAGAAAAGUGUCCUAUAUGCUUGCUUCCUUUUAGAAAGCAACAAUUAGGCACUCCUUCUUCUUGCGAGCAUUGCUUCUGCUUAGAAUGUUUAAUGGAAUGGAGUAAAAAUAUAAAUACUUGUCCAGUAGAUCGCCAAACCUUUACAGCAAUCCAUGUCAGAGACGCACUUGGUGGACAGAUUACGAGACAUGUCCCAGUCGACGUGACACCUCGUGUAGAGGACGAACCACUGGAGGAUCCUACAUUUUGCGAAGUAUGCCACCUGAGCGAUAGGGAGGAUCGCAUGCUUCUUUGCGACGGAUGCGACUGUGGUUAUCAUUUAGAGUGCUUAAUUCCUCCAAUGAACGAAGUACCCAUGGAGGAAUGGUUUUGUCCAGAAUGUUCACAGAACAGUCAAAAUGACGCGGAAGUUGUGGAAAUUGAUUUAGAUGAAAUACCAGAUUUAAUGGAAGAGGCUCGCAGACUCGGCGUUUCUUAUGGCAGAACGCGUACUGGCGCGCCUCAAAAUUCUCAACCAAGAAUCGUACCUCGCACUAGGCAUACAGAACGUGUUAGAGCUACUAUUCGCAGAAGAAAUAGAGUUUAUGACAGUUCACAACCAACCCGUCAAUUAGCACUUGAUCCAAGCCAACCUUCUACCUCUUCUGGUUUGGAGUCUUUUGGAGACAACAGUCGAAGUCUUUCCCCAAGCAAUGCCUCUAACUCUUUAGGUUCCGGGGAUCGAAACUGUUUAAGUGGAAAUUCUAGAAAAUCGCGGAGACCCCAAAGAUCUGGAAGUAGAUCGAGCGAUACUAGCGACGAAAAUGUUUUAACGAAAACUAAACGGGGAAUCAAUAAUAGUAAUAAUUCUGUAAAUUCUGAUAACGGUAAAUCCAAGGAAGGCUCCAAGAAAAGUGGAAGUACUUCGAGGAAAAGUACCGGUAACAAGAAGUCUAGAAGUAACUUGAGGAGAAGUGGAAGUAGAAAUAAAUCGAAAAAAACGAGAGGAUCUAAGAAAGUUUCUAGUAGGGACACGCUAUUAAGAGAAGUUAGAAUUACGGAAUGUAACGAAGACGGAGAAGAAGAAGAAAUUGUAACUUUUGUAAAGGUGGCUUCGGUUGGGUCUACGAGAAGAAGAAGGAGAAGAAAAGGAAGAAAGAGAAGAAAAGUUAGACGUCAAGCUAGAACUGUGUCCAGUGUUUUAGCUAGUUCCAAAAAGAGACUCGCAGUUUCUUUAGGUAUUUGCAAACCUAUAAAGGGUGUUCCAGCUUUAAUACCUAGCGUAAAAAAUCGCCCAGUUUUCUCAGAAAGAUCCUCGUUGAACGUUACUCGAUAUAAUGCUGGAAUCUCGAGGCUUAGUCUACUUGGAGAUAAUCUUGACUUGAGUUAUAGUCCUCCAGGAUCUGAUAUAGAGGAUUACAAUGGAACUGGGCCUACCAUGACCAUUCACAGACGAUCAGCGAUCUCUUCUCGUAGACAGCUUCGUUUAAAAAACAUCGUUAAUCCUCAGCCACCACAAGCUGAUCUUUUAAGCAGCAUAAUAAGCAAUCAAGAAGUUUGGCAUUCAAAGAAUAAUAACAUAAUUCUUAAAGCUAAUGGUCUUCUCUUGGCUGAGAAAAAGGAAAAUACUGACAAUUUAAAGAAGAAGAAUGUAGAAGAAGAAAAAUCGCCUGAAGUAGAAGAGACAGUAUCCGUAGUAGAGAAUAGAGCUUCCGGAACCAAUAGCCCAUUGGAAGUGUCUGGAAUCAAUCCAGAGUUGAUCAUACAGGCUCCGAUGUAUAAUAAUCCUUGCGGAGGGGGGAACAGAGGUAACUUCAGAGGUGGUUACAGAGAUAACACAAGGCACAGCCAUGGAGGCCAGAAUUAUGGACGAGAUUCUUUACCCGGAAGUGGAAGACACAGUUAUGGCGGAAGUGGAAGUAAUUUCGGAAGAGAUUUCGGACCGCCUGCAUUUUAUAAUCCGAACUUUGAACAUUGCGGGCCCCCAAUGUUUGGAGGAACUCCUCCAUUUAGGAAUCGAAACCCUCAACACUUCAGAAACGAAAGAUUUCGUUUCAUGCCUCCUGGAAGACCUCCGUUCAAUUUCAGCGAAGGUUUCGAGCACCACUCUUUUCCUGAAAGGUUUAAUCGUCCUAGAUCUCCUCAAGCUCCUAUCGAUCGGCCUCAAAAUAAUAUGCCAGCAAACUUACCAGAAGACACCGCUGGAAGUCAAUCCACGGAACAGCAACCCCAAGAUGCCGAGAAUGUUUCUGUUAGGCCAGAAGAAGAUUGCGAUAUCUAUUGUGAUAUAGAGACUAAAUCCGAUGGAGAACUUCAAGACCAGCAGAACGGCUCGGUGGCGUUGUUGCCACCUCCAGAACCACCGUCGGGUCUCCUAGACUUCGAAGAGAACUCUAGAAGCGACAAAGACAGCGAUCAAGAAUUAGUUAUCGAUGAUAGUCAAAAAGAAGACACUCCAAAGAAUGACAAGUACGAUCCUUUCUCUGUGGAUAGUGACAGUGAUAGUGAAAUAAAAAAGAACGAAGAGGUUGUAAAGAAAACUAAAGAAGAGAAGACUGUAGAAUGCGUUAUACAACCCGAGCCUUCGGAUACGUUGGCACGUUUAUCAGUUUACGAUGACGACGACGAAGAAGACUCCCAAGCUGACUGUCCAAAUUUCUCUAUCUAUUCUUCUCAAACGAUGGAUGUGGCGCGUCAUACCGAACAACAAUUAUCGCAACAGAUAGGACCUCUCGAACCACCUCCUCUUCCACCUUCGAUUCCAGACGACGACGACGUCAUAGUUGGCGAUGUUCAGGCUUGCGAUCUCGCGGAUAUUCCAGAACCGUCGGACCCGUAUGUCGAAGCCCUGAGGAAAGAAAGACAGACACUUAGUAAAAUUCCGCCGAAAAAAAUUUCUCACGACUGCAGAGGGAAAAUUACUUUCAAAAUCGGAACUAAAUUGAAGAUUAAUAACAGAUUGUUGGGACUGCAAGAGGAAGAAGAGAAGGAGGACGAGAGCGAGAAGAAGAAGGAAGUUGAACAAGUAAAGGAGGAAGAGACCCACAUCGAUCGCGACGAAGAACGAAAGAAGAUCGCUAAAAGCAAGUUCGAGGAAGAAGCUCAAUCUGAAGAGGAUAAAGAGGAAGUUCCAGAGGAGUUAUCGAUAUUCGCAAAUCCGCCAAAUGUUAAAGAGAAAGAUACAGACGGGGAACAAAAAGAGGAAGAAUCAGCAGCGAUUUCUACAGUUGAAGAAACAGAAAAGAUCUCUGAUAUAGAUGUACCUCCCGAGAGAAUUCGAUUAUCCCCUCCAAAGCUGGAAAAUGAGUUAAGCAACGAAUGUGUGUCGAUACCAUCAUCGGAAGAAGGUAGUGAAACUUCCACUCCGCAUCCCAAGAUUCCAACGAUCGAGAUUAUCGACGACGAAUGUCCAAUCGAGUCAUCUAAAAUGCAGGAAGAGCCCAAUAAAGUUAAUAUUGUGACGGCUGAUGUAGAGAAUAAUAAAAAAGAUGAAAAGGAACAGCGUCGAGGGGGCGAAGAAGAUGAGGAAGAUGAGGAGGAGGAAGAGGAAGAGGAAGAGGAUGAAGAGGGCGAAGAAGAAGAGGAAAAUGAGAUCGAGAAUGAAAACGGAAAAGAAAAAUUUCCUAUUGAAAAGGAACCGUCAGAUAAAGAGAAAGAAACGUCGGAUAAGGAAGGAGGAAUAUCAGACAAGGAAACUGUAGUCGGAGAAGCUUGUAAUAGAAGCAGUUGGGAAUCUAAUGAUGGAGCGUACACACCUUGCAAGGAUGAACUUCCUUUGAAGGAAUCAAGGUCUUCGUUUGAACAGCUACCGCCUCUUGAAAGCGGUUUAGAACCAAUCACGCCAACGAAAGACAAGCUUGACGAUUUAGACAGCUGCAGAACUCCGGUGGAUUAUAAUGUCUUGGGUACUGAAGCUAUUUCAGAGACAGAUGAAGCAAUGAACUUUGAAGACGAAUUGACUUUACUGACUCUACGUAAGGAAAAAGAAAUGGAAGAUGGAGAAAUCGUCGAAGAGAAGACUACCAAGGAAGCUGAGAAGGUCGAGAAAGAGAAGGAAGAGGACAAGAAACGUAAGAAGAAGGAUAAGAAAGAAAGAGGCAAGGACACUGAAAAGAAUAAAGAAAACAUUGCUUCGGAGAACCAAGUAGCGUGGAAGAAACUGUCGAAAAGCACAAAAGAAAGAUCAUACAGGGAUAAGGAGAAAAGAUCGAAGUCAAAGGAGAAAGAUAAACAAAAGAAGAAGAAGGAAGUAGUUAAAAAGAAAGAGAAACGAAAAGAAUUGCCUAGGUACGACGUUAGGAAAAUAGUUGCAGAGAGACCUUCGAGACCUAGGAAGGACGAAUACGGAAGAGAUAUUAGAGAAAAGUCGAGGCAAAGGAGCAGAUCUAGGAGUUGUAGUUCGAAACGUUCUAGAUCGUAUUCCAAACUUCGAUCCAGAAGUAGAUCGAGGAUUAGGCUUCAAAGAUCUUGGUCUAGAGAUCGUAGAUCUUAUUCGAAAUCCCUCUCCAGAAGAAGAUCCCUUUCACGAGGAAGACGUAAAUCACCGAAAAGAAGAUCAACCUCCAGAAGAAGAUCUUCGUCUAGAAGAAGAUCGAGAUCUGUUUCUCGAAAACGACGAUCUCUGUCGAGGAAGAGAUCCAGGAGGUCGGUGUCAAGGUCGAAAAGAUCGCUUUCAAGGUCCAGACAAAGAAGAUCUCUAUCAAGGUCCAGAAGGUCUUUGUCUAGAUCUCGCGACAGGCGUAAAGACAAGAAGAAAUAUAAAUCUCGUAGUCGUUCGAGAAAUCGCAAGAAGUCUCGAUCGAAAUCGCCUAAAAAAUCGUCCAAGUCCAGGGAAAGGAAACUUUCGAAGAGGAAAGCACAAAGUAGAUCAAGGUCGAGAGUGAGGUCUUGUUCUAGAAACUGGGAACAAAUCGAUAAAAUUGUGGAACAAGAUUUCUCGAGGCAAAGAGAAGAAAGAGAGAGAGACUCUUGGAGUGCUCAAUGGACACCUUCUUGGUCGAGAUCUAGAUCAAAAUCGCCUCAGCAUGUACAGCAGGAACAGAUUGCAUCCAGAGAUUGGUCUCCGGUACUGGAUAAUGUUGCUGUCCCGCCAAAAAAUCUGACCGUUAUUCUAACAAACAAAGAAGCCAUCAAAAAGAAAAAGAAAGAACGCAGAAAAGAAGGGAAAAAGUCGAAAGAUGACAAAAAGAGGAAAGGGAAAAGGAACAGGACUCCUCCACCCUCGAAAGAAGUUUUUGCCAGUGGGGAUAAUAUUUUGGUUAGCGUAUGCUUCAACAAAGAUAAUGAGACUAUCCAGGCAGGUGUUCCAGAACUUCCAGAAACGAUUCCCUUAAUUCCUCCUUUAAAACGGCGUCGUAGAGAGCCCAUUCAAGCUGAGCCUCCAAAACGCUCUAAGAAAGAUAAGACAAAAGAUAAGCGUUCCAAAUCUCCAAAACCCAAAAAGGAUAAAAAGAAGAAGUCGAAAGCUGCUGAGAUAGCUGCUACAAAGAAACCAGUCGCUGUAAUUGAUUUGGAUCAAUCACCAUUUAGAGAACAAACUCCAUCUCCGAGGGAUGUAAUAGUUCUCAGCGACGACGAUGACAAACAAGUUCAACAAAUAGCGCUAGAUCAGUGUCAACCCUCGCAGAACUCGCCGCAGAGAGAGCAGUUUGUCUCUCAAGGUCCCAAAACACCUCCGGAGCCACAAAUAAAAUUCUCGAUAAAUAAACAGACCAGUAACUUGCGACCAUCGAUGUUGAAUCCACUUUUGGAUGAAGAAGAAGAGGAAGAAAUGGAUGAAAGGGUCGAAGAGGAAUUAGAAAUGAGAGCACAAGAAGAAUUAGAGUUAAGAUUGAAAAUUGGACCAAAUACUCCCCCGGAGCCUCCGACUUCUCCGCCGACUAGUCCAGACGCUUACGAUCCGUUUGAUCCAACGAAAUCUAGAUCACCAACACCUGAUGCAAGCCAAGAAGCAAAUUCCAGCGACGAAAGAAGAAGAUCCCCGCGAAAACAUGAUUCUGUUGAUGGGAUCAUCGAAGAAGAAAAUAUACAGAAACAGGAGAGGCAAAGUCAAGAAAAGCAACUGGAGAAACCUAAGAUUAUUUCAAUGGUCACAAUUAAGAGAGCUUCUCCGCAGAGAGAUGAUGCUAAUGAGAAUGAUAACAAUAAGGAUACUACUGCUUCGACUGGAAACAUGGAGGCGCAGCAAGGCCAACAAAAUGCACAGAAUCAGAAUAAUCCUUUCGGAGUCAUCAAUCCUGUACUGGCUACUGUGGCUGCAGCUGUACAAAGAAGUGGAGUGUUCAAUGCUUCGAAUACGAAUAGCAGUCAACGCACGUUGUUACAGUCGAAUCGUAUUUCACCAAGUAAUCAACAGAAACAACGUAGCCAAGCACCCGCAGCCUUUGCAAAUUCAGGAAAACCGUUAAGAGGUAGUAAAUCUGGUCAAACAAAGAGCAAUGGACAGAAUGGCAACGAUCCUGUUACAGAAAUUGUAGAUAACGUGGAUAUGUCUUCGCCAUAUUCGCCUGGGUCGACCCUCAGCGAUGGCAUGUUCGAUCCUCCAAGUCCUAUAAACUUUAAUAGCUCGCCUGGAACUGGAGCAGGAGGUGCUGGAGGACCUAUUGGAUCACAAACCACGAAAACUAGUAGCUCGAAAACAGCGAAGAGUGCGGAUAAAAAAGAUCCCUUCGAUGCUCUUUUCAACAUUAUGCCAAGUACGAAGACCUCGAAACAGACUAGAAGCAAAAAAGCUGACAAGGAUAAGAAGAAGAAACCAACGAAUCCAAAAGUUGGCGUGAGAAUGGACGAGAACCAGCUUCAAAUAUUGGAUGAUCUUCCAAGUUCGGCUGUUGAAAUGCAGGUCAAGGAUAAGUUCCUAAAGAAAUUGAAUCGUCAAGAGCGGGUGGUUGAAGAAGUGAAAUUGGUACUGAAGCCACACUAUACGAAAAAGCAUGUUACGAAAGAAGAGUACAAGGAUAUUAUGCGGAAAGCGGUGCCCAAGAUAUGCCACAAUAAGACAGGAGAGAUAAACCCAAAAAAGAUUGCCCAUUUAAUAGAAGCUUACGUCAGGAAAUGCAGGAACAUCAAGAAGAAAACUUCUGAGAGUUCUUCUGCAAAGGCCUCUAAACCCGCGAAAAUCAUGUGGAGUUGAUCACGAGUCAGCUAGGUGUCUGUUCAAUUCCCUUCAAUUUCGUAGUUCAGACGAUCGUCGUACUCGAUGAGCGGUGAGUGAGCUUCGAGACAACUAGUCUCCUCCUCGAUGAUGCGAUGUAUCUUGUAUUCUGUGUAAAUACGUAAUUAAUUAAUUGAUUAGUCGAUUGAUUGAUUGGUCGAUUGGUUGCUUGCUUGGUGGAUUGAUUGAUUGAUCGAUUAAAUUGUAAGAGUACCAUUUAUUAUUUAUAUAAACAAUACCCUUUAUCUCGCGAGGGAAUUCAACCGUUUUUAUGGAAGAUCCAUUGAUUAUAUCAUUUUUGGUUCUUUUUCUUCGAUUUUAGAAGAUUCAUACUUAGUUGCAUGGAGAUCGAUUACUACUGUUUUUACAAAAUUUCAAAAAAUCUAUCAAACAUAAUUGAAAGUCAUCAGUUUAUAAUUUAUAGACUUCCAAUACUCUUUAUUUUUUUUUUCUUGAAUAAUUAAAUGACUAUUUUCUAAACGCAUUUAAGCACACUGAAUUUUCGGCUAUUCGUAUAAAUUAACGAUGUAAAUUCAUAAUUUCGAAGUAGCAUAUUUAUAUAACUUGAAGCUAAUUGUUUCUCGUACUUAUGAAUUUAUUAUUGUUCGAAGAAUAUUUAAGAAUAAAACAUUAGUCGAUCUCUACUACAAAUUUUGUAUACAUAUUGUAUUGCUGAAGUUUGAAAUUAUUAAAAAUGUCAAAAUAUCAGAACUUGUAGGCGUGAAAUUUCGUACAAAAAAAAAAGAAACAAAUACACAAUGGAAGAACAUUAUCCGUUUUUAAAAAUCAUUAACUAAUGCCCAUUUUUCUGGACACUACAAAUCAUUCAUUUCGACAAAUAAAUAUGCAUUGGUACAUGUUCUAUUUGUUUAUAUUACCAAGUAAUUGAUACUUUGACAACUAUUUAUUCAACUAAUUAAAUAUUAGCUCUUAUUUUCUAAUUUUAUGAAAAAAAUGAUUCGUUGAUGAUCGCAAUACUUGUAUUUAUAAUGCAUAGAAUUUAUGUGCCAACAACUGGCACAAUUGGCUUUUCCGCAGAGACUGUCAUUUUCGUAUUCUUAAUGCACAUGUAAAAAUGCUUAAAUACCACGUUUCUAACGUACAUAUUGUAAUUUCACUCUUUCUACAGAGUUGGACGUUAUUCGAAUAAAUUAUUAUUCUUAUCGGCAUCAAUACUAACUACUACUACGACUACUGUUAAUACUACUCUAUUAUCAUUGUGUCUCUUGUAUUACUAUUAUUUCUGUUGUAUGUAUCAUUGAUAUAUAAAUAAUUAUUUGAAAUGAAACUUACUCGCAAUAACUUUCUAUUUAUUUGUAAGUUUAUCUACAGAUUUGUUUGGAUUAAAUUGUCAUUCGAAUAAAUAUGGAAUCUAAUCGUCUUCUUAAUACAACAGUAUUUCAGAUAAUUGAAGAUUAAAGUAUAACUAAAACGAAAAUUAAAUAUCAAGAACAGUUGUAUCGCAGAAUCAAUAAUCAUUUAUAAACUUAGUUGCGAAGUUUGCAAAACAAAUAAUAUUAUACUGUUUGAGUUACUCAAUAUGAUCUAAAACUGUUAACAUUAAAAUUAUUAUUGCUAUUAAAGUGAAAUAUAAAUUAUUAUCAAUUUAUUUAUUUGAAAAUUACAAUUCGAAUGGAUAGUGCAAUUAAUUUAGAACAAUGAAAUUCCUUAUUUAGAGCAAAACAGUCGACAAGUCAAUUGAUUAAUGAAAAUAAAAAUGACUACUUGAAUAAAGAUUUGUUUGAAUACUUUGUUCAUCGAUUGUUAUUCGAAUAAAAAUUGUCCAACUUUGUUUUUGUAUAGCCAUAAAACGUGUAUGAGAAUGAGAGAGAUAGAAUGAAUGAAAAUUAGUUUUAAAAGAUAAGAGGUUCUGUCUCGUGGAAUUGUAAAAUAAGAAUUUCAAGAGAGUAUGUAUUGUUCAAGCUACAUCAAAUUUGAUCGGCUGUUUAGCUAAUCAAAUAUGAUUUCUCACAAAAAUUAAUCAGAAAAUGUUCGAUUCUUUCCAUCUGUAAACAACAACAAAGGAAGAUGACGCUAAAAUCCUUAUCUUUUUAAUUAAAAGUCACUACUUAGUACUGGCAAAAUAAGCAAUUUUUAAUUGUAAUUAAUAAUUGCAUUCAAUCCAAUUGUACUUAUGCUGUAUUUGUAAGUUACUUUUUUAAGAUUAUACGGGAUAGUUUAAUGGGAAAAAGAAAUUUAUUAAGAAAUAUCUAACUCUUUAAAUUAACGUUAAUUUACGUUUCUAUCAAUAUUUUUUUGAAGUUCACAGAAAGUAGAUGAAAAAGUACAGUGAUAUAAUCUAUCACACUCCCAAAGGCUCGAUCUGUCUGUGAUUAUUUUUCUAAGCUGUUUAUUACCAUCUGAUGGACUUCCUGAAACAUUUAAGCCAACUUUAAUCCUUCCAGAACAGACAAAUUCAGGAGAAAAGUAACAUUUGAUUAAUAUGCUACAUUUAUUUUAAUUUUUUUAAAUAAUUUUAUAAAAAUUUGAAUUUGAAUUAUAAAAUGAAAUAUUUCACAGUGAACAAGUAAAAAUUGACCUGUUGAAUCGAAUAAACGUAACGAAAUAAAUCCGAAAUAAAUUGUUUUGAAUUAACUUCGUUCGUUAUGUAUCAUUCGACUAAAAUUUUGCUAAUUCUUCGAUAAUUACAAUCUGUCGUUAAUUGUUCCAUCAUGUAACAGUCUAGAUAGCGCUUGUAUCGCAGGUGUCUUUCGCAACGUGUAGUUACUACUCUAUGUUAGAUUGCGAAAAUAUUCACAGACAAGAUUGAUAAGAGCUGAUUAGAAUAUAAAUUCGCAACAGUAUAUGAAGUAUAUAAAAUCAUGAAUUUAAACGCAUUGAACACGAAAUAUAAGGACGAACGUUAUGAACAGUACAUACACCACGUAUCGAAGAAUCGAAUCACCCAUUAGAUUAAAUUUCAUGAAAUUUUUAUACCGUUAUAAGUCAGAAAUUGGACAUGAUAAUGAAAAGCAAUCGUAACAGUUGAUAUUCGAAAAAUGAAUGACUACAAACACGAUUUGUGAGACUACUUAGGUGCGAUUAACUAUUAGUGUGUCUGCGCAUGAAUGAGAAAUCUUUUGUACUAAAUAAUGAUGUAUAUAUAUAUAAUGAAGGGAGAAAUAAAGAAUUUAAUAUUAUCGAAAAAAAAAAAUCGAAAA